AUGAGCCUCAAACCUUACCGAUUGCUUAUAGUUGGUGCAGGGCUGACUGCCUCAGUGACGUCUGCUUUAAUAAAACAACAUUUGCCAAGGGAAAGUGUCGAAGUGCACAUUUGGGAAAAAUCUCGUGGAAUCGGAGGGCGGAUGAAUACAACUAGGUCACCUGAUGGGCAAGCUAGUGUGGAUCUGGGAGCACAAUAUAUUACAAAGUCAAGCCAGUAUGCAGAAAAACAUAAAAAGUAAAGAUAUAUUACAUCACAUCAGUUCUAAACUGUUCAUCCUAGGCUUCCUAGAGCUGGUCCAAUAUUUAGGGACAUUCUUAUUGGUCCAGUGUUACCACAGGAGGAAACAGGAAACCCCUAAACUAACUUUAUUUGUAUCAUCAAUCGGAUAGCUUUAUCAGUUCUAAACUGUUCUCCUUUGACAUCCAGUACGGGCUGUCUAUCAUUGUUACUACAGGAGGAAACCUAAACUAACAUUUAUACUAUAAACUGCUCUUCCUAGAGGUCCAUUGUAAACUGCAUGUAGUGUGCCAAAUAAUGAUAUGUACACCUUCAUUAUGAAAUAUUAUGUAUUAAUAUUGCCAUCACCAUAUCAUUAAAUGGAAUUGUAAUUUCUGUUAGAUUUUUUGAUGACUUAACUCAAGCAGGAGUAUUGAAACCCUUUCCUGGCAAGAUAGAAGGUGCAAGUAUUGACAAUGAAUCUGAGAAUUUCAUGGCACCAAAUGGUAUUAAUAGUGUCGUUAAGCACUUUCUCAAUUCAUCAGGUAUGUCAUGUGGUCAAUUUCUAAUAUAGACAUACUUACAAGAGCAAGCAAAGGUAUAGUGAUGGGGCAAUGAGAGGGCUCCAGACCCCCCCCCCCCCCCUUCUUCAGGACCAAUUUUGUAAUUCUAAGGAGAAAUUGGGGUGGGGAGGGGCUAACAUUUUAUUUUUUUUCAUUCAUGACAUAAAAUAUACCAAAUCUGUGGUUUUAAUAUCAUCAUAAAACGCGUCUAAAAUGCAUGAAAUACCGUUUCACAGACGCUCAUAAUAGAAAUAUUUUCCAGGGAACCAUACCCCAGAUGAUUAGACCCCCACUUGUUUGGGGCUGGUGACAAUUCCCCUGCUAGCAAGCAAAUUAGGCCAUUUUAGAUCAAUACAUACAGUGAACAAUUUAGUGCUGUCCCACUUGGUAAAACUUAAUUCUAAUGCUAAUCCAUUUCAUUCCGUUCAACAGACGCCAAAAUAAAACUAAACACAUUCUGUCAAGAAAUCAAUUUAUGCCAUAACGAAGCGAGUGAAGCCACCUCAAAUAACAUAUGGACAGCCACAGCAAAAGAUGGAACUACUGAACAUUUUCAUGGUAUGAUAUUAACUAUACCUGUGCCUCAAAUCCUACAGCUAGCUGGGACAUUUCAAGACCAUCUCAAGAAUUAUCAUUCUUCGCUUGAACAAGUGGAGUAUUCCUCACGCUACGCAUUGGCGUUGUAUUUUCCUAAAGAUACACAGGUUAACACGCCCUGGACCGCGAAAUAUGUUAAUGAUCAUCCAUGUAUACGAUUUGUGUCAGUAGACUCGGUCAAGAGAGGAACAGGUCGGUAUUUGUAGGUUCCAAUAAAAAAGACUGGUUUAGAGGUAAAUUUUAAGUUUUGGAUGAUUUGUAAGAAAUGUUUGAAGGAACUGAGUCAGUAUUAAACACAUAGGUAAGUUGACUCAAACAUUUCCUACAAAUCCUUCAAAAUUUAGAUUUUACCUGUGCAAUGAUGUAACAACUGUUACGUGCAGACGAUAUCAGACUUGGUGGAACAACUUGUUGCGAGUCUGUUACAGUCAUCAACCUUGUUACAAAAUGAUAACAACUUGUUCCAGAUUUUUUUUUAUAUCUUUUUACAAUAGAUCCUUUGACCUCGAGUCCGUCUAUGCUAGUCCAUACUAGUGUACCCUUUGGCUUGGCACAUUUGGAUUCGGACAUUGAAGAAAUUGAGAAGAUUAUAUACGGACACUUCCUAGGACUAUUUCCAAGCCUUCCACGACCAACAUCAACUCGCUGCAUCCGAUGGCGUUACUCACAAGUAUAUAAAUCGUUUCCAGGGCAACCAGGAGCUGUUGUCGUCAGCAGUGAACCGUUGCUCGUGUUGGCUGGUGAUGGAUUUGUUCAUUCCAAUUUCAGUGGUUGUGUAGAGUCUGCAAAUUCUGUACUUGGAAAACUUCAGGAACAUUUAAGGAUUUAA